AUGGCAGAGAAACCCAGACUCUACUACUUUAAUGGAAGAGGCCGGAUGGAGUCCAUUCGAUGGCUCCUAGCAGCAGCCGGAGUUGAGUUUGAAGAAGUGAUUCUGGAAACAAGAGAACAAUAUUUGAAGUUAGUUGAGGAUGGAUCUCUGCUCUUUCAACAAGUGCCUUUGGUUGAAAUUGAUGGAAUGAAACUCACCCAAAGUCGAGCCAUUCUUAGCUACCUGGCUGCUAAAUACAACCUGUAUGGGAAGGACCUGAAAGAAACAGCAUUGAUUAACAUGUAUACGGAUGGCAUCUCAGACCUGAUGGUUUUGACCAUGGGAUGUUAUUCCAAGCCACCUGAAGAAAAGGAGAAGGAGAUUAAAUUUAUCCUGGAGAAAGCCAAAAAUCGAUAUUUCCCUGUCUUUGAAAAGGUUUUGAAAAAUCCCGGACAGGACUAUCUGGUUGGCAACAAAUUUAGUUGGGCCGACAUACACCUGCUGGAAGUUAUUUUAAUGGUGGAAGAAUUAUGUGCUACUGUGCUCUCUGAAUUUCCACUGCUACAGGCAUUUAAAACAAGAAUCAGCAACAUCCCUACAAUUAAGAAAUUCCUUCAGCCUGGUAGUCAGAGGAAACCCCCACCAGAUGACCACUAUUUGACUACCGUGAGGAAGGUUCUAGCAUCUUAAUGGCCAAGGGUAGGCCAAUUAGGGAAUGGAAAGAGAUUCAGCUCAUGAAUCAGAAGAUGUGGAUGCAAAUCUUCCCUCUGAUGCUUGCAACUUGUCCCUGGCCUUCACUUUCCUCAUCUGUAAAAUGAGGGGGGUGGAUUACGGUCCCUUUGAGCUCUAUAUCAAUGUCUAUGAUAUUAGGA